UGAAAUAAAAUAUAAAUAUGAGAGUUAACCAGGAAAUGUUCAUUUGCUUAUGUGGAAUUAUAAACAAGUGGAGCUCACAAUACAAUCACCCAGUGUGCAUUAUACUACAUGAAGAGGUUGCAUUCAUUUUUCAUAACAUUUCAAGUCCACACAAUAAAUUUUUCAAAUUGUCACACACAAAAACUCAACACAAAUAAAUGUAAGAAUAAG